AUGGAACAAGGAGAUCUUCAGCUGCAGAAGAAAGAAGAAGAAGGUCUGCCUCCGGGUUUCAGGUUUCAUCCAACAGACGAGGAGCUAAUCUCGUAUUACUUGGUUAAUAAGAUCGCUGAUCAAAACUUCACCGGAAAAGCAAUCGCCGACGUUGAUCUCAACAAGUCAGAACCGUGGGAACUUCCUGAGAAGGCGAAAAUGGGAGGAAAAGAAUGGUAUUUUUUCAGUCUACGCGACCGAAAGUACCCGACGGGUGUGAGAACAAAUCGUGCGACAAAUACUGGGUACUGGAAAACCACUGGAAAAGACAAAGAGAUAUUCAAUAGCACAACCUCGGAGUUGGUCGGGAUGAAGAAGACAUUGGUCUUCUACAGAGGAAGAGCUCCUCGUGGGGAGAAGACAAGUUGGGUCAUGCAUGAAUAUCGACUUCACUCUAAGUCCUCCUAUAGAACCUCCAAGCAAGACGAGUGGGUAGUGUGUAGAGUGUUCAAGAAAACAGAAGCAACCAAGAAGUACAUAAGCAAUAGUAGCAGCAGCACAAGUCAGCAUCACCAAAACCAGACAAGAGCCUCAAUACUAUCAACCAACAACAAUAACCCUAAUUACUCAUCAGACCUCCUUCAACUCCCACCACAUCUACAACCGCACAACAGCCUCAAUAUCAACCAAACCCUCAUGGCUAACGCAGUUCAUCUAGCCGAACUCUCUAGAGUCUUUCGUGGCUCCACAAGCAGCACUAUGGAUUCUGCUCAUCAGCAGCUAAUGAGCUACAACCACAUGCCUGUCUCAGGGCUCAAUCUCAACCUUGGUGGUGCAUUGGUCCAGCCGCCACCUCCCACUGUGUCGCUUGAGGAUGUUGUCGCCGUUAGCGCUUCAUUCAAUGGCGAAAACGGGUUUGGUAAUGUGGAGAUGAGCCAGUGCAUGGACUUGGAUGGAUACUGGCCAUCUUAUUGA